AUGGUCGGCUACAAACCCUACAAUAACUCACACUACCUGAGCGGAAUGGUCAUCUCCAAACCCUCCAACAACUCACACUACCUAAGUGGAAUGUUCAUCUCCAAACCCUCCAACAACUCACACUACCUAAGUGGAAUGUUCAUCUCUAAACCCUCCAACAGCACACACUACCUGAGCAGAAUGGUCAUCUCCAAACCCUCCAACAACUCACACUACCUCAGUGGAAUGAUCAUCUCCAAACCCUCCAAUAACUCACACCACCUGAGCGGAAUGUUCAUCUCCAAACUCUCCAACAACUCACACUCCAACAACUCACACUACCUGAGCGGAAUGUUCAUCUCCAAACCCUCCAAUAACUCACACCACCUGAGCGGAAUGUUCAUCUCCAAACUCUCCAACAACUCACACUACCUGAGUGGAAUGUUCAUCUCCAAACCCUCCAACAACUCACACUACCUAAGUGGAAUGUUCAUCUCCAAACCCCCCAAUAACUCACACUACCCAAGGGGAAUGUUUAGAUCCAAACCCACCAAUAGCUCACACUACUCAAGGGGAAUGUUCAUCUUCAAAUCCUCCAAUAGUUCACACUACCUGAGUGGAAUGUUCAGGUCCAAACCCCCAAUAACUCACACUACCUAA